AUGUAUUGUAACGCCAGGAGUAUAUAUUAACUUCGCCAAAAUGACAGAGGUGAUGCACGGGAUAUUGGCCGAGGCCAAGAAAAAUAGAUAUUCACAGAUAAAGGACACAUUAUCUGACGACGAUGUUGCGGCAGUUUGGGAAAACGUGUCUUCGUUUAUUGAGAAGACAAUGUCUCAACAAAAGGGAGUCAUUGUACAAGGUUUUGGAACAUUUACAUUUACACAAAAGAAAUUGGAUAUUGGAAACAACAAAUUCAUUAUGAUGCAAAGACCUGUUUUCAUACUCUCUGAAAAGUUUGCACAAACUCAUGGUCUCCAGCACCCAAAAUAUCAUGUUCCUGGCCAAAUCCCAGUGGUGCAGCUUAAUUUUGCUGCCAUGUCAUUUGAGAGUCCAUUUGACAGAGACACAGUGGAAAAUUGUGUAAAGGAAAUCCUGGGAGCAGUGUCUCGUGCAGUAGGAGCUAGAAAAAAUGUUGAACUCACAUUUACUGGAAUUGGGCGUCUGUCCAUCAGGGAUUCCAAAGCCAAAAUGAGGUUCUAUAAAGAAUUCAUUAACCAGAUGGAUGGCACAGGCAAACUCAUGUCAUCUAUGCAAAAUAGACCAGGAACAGUGGAUUCUGUAAUGUCUGAUCGUCCAGUCUCCAGACCAGGAACAAGCUGCACAGUCAUCUUACCAAAAAUUUCCAGUACCAAUCUGGCAGCUGGAGGUCUAGCCCCUGUAGCAGAAGAAACCAACGAGGUCAAUCCUGUCGACCCUGCCCUGGUAGGCGAUGCCCUUAAUGAACCCCCUCCAAUACAUCCAUUAGAUGCCCAGGCGCUGGAACCAAGCUAUGAGGAUCCAGAAGUGACCACGCCUGUACAGCAGGAGACACUUGCCACUCUGAACCAGAAACAAGAGGUGUUUGAGGGAAAAGAAGUAGGGGAUGAGCAGACGGCAACAGCCAUCAGGAACAUUGAGUUUAAUGGAGAGGGCAUGGACGACCCAAAAAGCUUUGAACCAGUACACAUUCCUAUGUCAGAUGAACUGGAAGAGAAAGAUCAGAAGAAGGCACCAAUGGCACCAAGUCGUACAGGGUCAAGGAUGGCCAUGCCUCUGGCAAAAGCCACAGGGGUCAGUCUCCUGGAUGACCUCAUACCCUCUUCUUAUACCCCAAAAUCGGCACCCAGCCCCCUGGGACCCAUCCACAAGCCUGUCCCAUCACCUCCUCUGGCAGAUGGACAAAUGCCGACAAUGAAGCCUCCAUCCCCAAAAUUGUCUCCCCUGCCUAGAGCACAGAGUGUGGAUCAAAUCCGUGCAGGCCAGCGAAAUGUCCCCAAUCCUCCAAUGUCGGCCUGUGGUCACCCAAAUGCUGGACAGGAGUUGUGCUAUCUGUGUCACCAACGCUCCCGCAGAAACAUUCCCGUUUCCUUUGCUGAGGAGAGGAAACGACGUGAAGAGGAGGAAGACAGACUUCUCCAACAGUUUCAGUACAUGAAGGAUGCUGAGGAUACUCUCGGAGAACAGGAAACUCUGUUAGCCAAACGACAUGACCUUCAAAAGAUGGCUGCCUUCAAUUUAGGAGUGUCUGAAGCUGUAUUAUCUAAAAAGAAAGCCAGAGAUUUAGAGUUCCAUAAGUCCUAUAUAUUCCAAAAAAGACCAUUAACUCCACCCAAAAUAUACAAACAAGAAGAGUACUCCAAGGAGUUAGCAGCACAGGUGGAUUCUAAAUCGUCCACUCAGAAGAAGCACCAAUCAGACGAGGAGUUUCUGGAGAGACUGGAACAGGUUCAGUUGGCUGAGGAUUUGGCUGCUCAACGUGAACAGUUCCUCAAGGAUAAGAAUGAACAACAGGAUAUGUAUAAGAAAGCAUUGGAGGUUCAGCUGCGGUUUAAACCUCUGCAAGUACCACCUAGAGAACCAGACAACGAAGUAUUUGGUAAGAAUGAUAUGACCAACGAAAAAAUGGCUGCAAGGAGAUCACGUGCUUACCAAUUGUUCCGUGAACAACAAGAUCUGGUCGCCCAAAGGAAGAGGGAAGCCAUCCUCAAACGUCUGAGUGACCAGAAAGAGGAAGAGGACGUGCUGGACAGGACAAAGAAAGAACUAAUGGAAGACCGGGGCACCAGAUUUACUAAUAGAUACAGUUUGCGCAAGCGCUUGGAGACCGACUGGCAGAAGGCAGCCACACUGAAGAAGAACAAUGAGUUGGAAGAUCGUUUACAUGCACUUAGUCCUAGUCUUCUUGUACAUGAACAGUGUGAUAAGUACAAACGGUGUGGACAGUGUAAGAGGAAAAUGGUCAACUGUGGCGAGUCUAACAUCUGGAGUGAAUCUCGUUACAUUCCGGGGUCACGACUCAUGGUGUAGGAUUUAUACUAUUAUCGUAAUGGGCAUGCCUGUUACCUUUUCUAAUUGAAAUUUAUCAUAAUCUCUUCUCUAAAAGAACUAGGAACAUAAAAAUGUGAUACGAAUGAUAACUAUUAGUUUAUCAGUAUUAGUCGUUUAGACCACAACCUAUUACUCCCUACGGCAUUCGUGGUCUGGUGUGUACAAACAUCAUUUCAUGUUACAGGAUAUGUGCUAUUUUGUCUGUAGAUUUGUGUUCUGGCAACUGUUACUGCACCCUGUUAUGUUCACUUUUCACUACAGAUAUGGUUCUAGUUAUGUAGGAAGAAACCAAAGGUUUAGCGCUACACACCAUUCUUCAGGGUCUCCUACUACACAAAGCUGUCAAAUGUUAUGUUCUUUUUUUCUUUUUUAAACUAUUGAGUUUAUUCUUUAAUAUUCUAUUUUGAAUAUUGGAGCAUGUAAAUCAUUUUUUUUCGUAAUCAGUAAAACAUGAUGUCAUUAAAUAUGAAUAUACAUGCUCGUUUUAUUUUUUG